AUGUCCGGCAACAAUAACAUCACCGUGGCGUUUCCUGACCAGGAGAACUGGAGCGUCUGGUGGUGGAACGGAGUUGAGAACUUCCAGCUCGACAUUGUUGGGUUCCUCGCCGUGCUGGGGGAGUCGGCGGUGCUAGCGAAUGCUCAGGUUGCUGCUCUCUCGAGACUCUUUUACCUCCCUCGUAUUCUGCCUGCACCUCAGGCACUCAUUCGAACUGCCAGGCCUACUUCGCUGCCGCAUAGUGAUGGCAAGGUGACUGGGGUCGUCAGUGGGAACGUCAAGGACCAUGUACACCAUGUGGCUAACAUCCUUCUAGCCACUGGACCCCUCACCUGGGUAACACUGAUCGGUUUCAUGGAGGCCCUCACACUCCUCAUAGCCUCCAUUGUCUUCGGCGACGGCAUGUCCCUCAUCGCCACAAUCCUCCUAGCCGGCCUCUCCACGCUCGUAGGCAUCUGCAACAAAUGGACCCUCGAACUCCCCCAACCCCCCAAAGGCAAACGCGAAAUCCCCAAGGGUGAUGUGGUCAUCCGCUACCCCAACGGCAGUUUCCUCGUCGUCAAAUGCAACGAACAUGUCGCCCGCGAACUCUACUUCGCCCCAGAAGAAAUCGACUACGCCAUCAAAUCCCCCGUAACCUACCGCCUCCUCUCCCUAAUCGGCACCCUCAUGCUCAUGCUCGGCAUCGUCGCCCUCGCCAACGCCAAACUCUACCUCCAAGUCGCCUGGGCGGGCGCCUACAUAAUCACCAACAUCGCCCACUGGAUCGCCGCCGCCCUCCCGCAAAACACCCACUGGGACCUGUCCUGCUACGACGUCCGCGAACAGGGCCUCUCGACCGGCCCGGAAAACGCAAACUUCACCGAAGCCCUGUGGAAAGCCAUACUCCUCACGCAGUCGAUCCAGUGGGUGCGACCGGGCGGUGCGGCGCCGCAGACGAAAGUCUGGGAUGAUUGGUUGGAGGAUGCGCUGACGAAGGCGAAGGAGAGCGCGGGGAAAGGGGAGCGCGAGGCAGUUGGGUGGGAGGUGUUUUGGCCCGUGGAGGUGGUGAAGGGGGAGGUGGAGGCGGAGUAUCAGGUGUGGAAGGUGCCGGAGUGGGCGGCGAAGGCGGAGUGGGAUCGGAUGAAUAAGGAGACGAAUGCGGAGCCGUUUACGAAGGCUUGA